CUUCUGUGUUGAUUCCUGGAGUGUGUGCUGACCAAAGUAAGCAAAAUGUCUAGCACGGGCCUGUCGCAGAGGCUAGCAAAGUUCAAGCAGAAUUUCUCGCAGAUCCUCGGUCCCAAACGCCAGGGUUAUUCAGAGGUUGGCCUGAAUCAGCCAUUGGUAUCAUCUCACGCCCAGAGUGAUGAUGAGUACUUUCAAAAGCAUGGCGUGCUUCGACCGGGCAGUAGGCCUCCAGCAGGUGACCAAUAUCAGGUUCCAGGAGAAGCAUAUGCUGGUCCUGGGCAGAACGCUGACAUGGCAUACGCAGCCAGCGCCUCCACCGCCAUACCUGAUGAGGCAGAUGAGCUCAGGGCACUAGCAGGCCUGGCACGCGACGCUGGAGAGAUCCUGUUUGAGAUGGCAGCCAUGCAUGAUGAGACGGAGGCAGCACAGGACAUGCUGGAGAAGUCCCAACAGCUGGAGGCGCAACUGCGCGGUAUGAUUGGGGACUUCAAGGGAGGCGAUGAGACGGCCGUGGCCCAGGCAUUGGAAGCCUUCGACAUCUUGGACAUUUCUUUGACCGAGUACAAGACGGCUGUCAAGGGCGAGACGCCGUCAGACCCCACAGCACAGGCCGCCAAUCAGCAGCCGCCUGCAGCUUCCAAUCCCUUCCAGGCCAACCCAUUUGGAGGCGCCAGCACUGCUCCCAUAAUAACAGCUCCCGGCCAGAAACCCAAAGCCGAUGAGGAGCCUCCUCUGAUCAGCUUUGACUGAUGAGACCAGCCGCUAUUUUUUCUCUGAUGUCCCCAAAGUGACAUCGCUGUUCUUGCGUCCUCAGCAGCUGGCCAGUCCAUGGAGUGCAAAGUUUCUCCAUCAGGAUCUGAGCGUCUGGCAGUCCAAUUGUACGAGUGUUUCUUGUGGUUUGGCGCCGGACUUGUUUUGCUGGUGGUUGUGCACUGUGAUAGACGGCUUGGCUGUAUACUCAAGGAAUGCUGCAGGAAGCAUGGAUUAGGUGUGCAUGCAAUCGUUGUGUGAUUGAGCCCAACCCAAAAGUGCUGUUAAUCUUUUGAAAAGCCUGUACAUGUUGGAGAAGAAACUGUUGCUGAUGGGAUGUCGGAAUCGUUGGACAGUGGGGUUUCAGGCAAAGGUCUGUCCAACAAAGUGCCUUGUGCAAAGCAGUCUUUCUAGAGAUGAAUUUGCAGCCAGUGCAUGCAGUGCAGUUUUGCCACAUUGCCAUUGGUACCGAGGACCUCAUUUGCCAUACAGGGGCAGCCAUUGCAGGGUCUUGCAACGGUGGGCAAUUGCAAAAUCGGUCUUAUAUGUAAGAACGGCAAAUGCCUGUGC